AUGAGAGACGACGAUAGCAGUGUACCGCAACCGUCGACGUCGGCUCUUCUGGUGAAUGAGGAGAAAGCGGCAGUGCCGCAACAGAAGCCAUCGACGCAGCAGUCGACGACGACGACCGCAGCAACCUCAGCAAACGCCUCCACAACUACGAGUAGCAACAAUACCGCUACGAACACACAGCAAAAUGUGAAGCAGGCUUCGACGUCUGCUAAUUAUUACAAGGACAUUUAUCACGAUUUCGGGUAUGGUGUAGGUGUUCCAUUUGCGCCAUGGAGACGGAAACGAUAUACAAUGUCCAUAGAAGGAUUACACGAAGAAAUAAUCGACUUGUACCAUUGGAUUAAACCAAACGCGCUCGAAGCGCAAAUUCGACGGCAAGUGUUCGAAAAAGUAUACAAAUCAAUCAAAAAUCGAUGGAAAGACAAAGAAAUAGCGAUAUCCAUGUUUGGCAGUUUACGAACCAGUCUUUUCCUUCCGUCGUCGGACAUUGACAUACUCGUUCAAUGCACGGAAUGGGAGGAUUUGGAUGCGGAGGAGAAGAAAAUGCUUCUUCUCAAAACUGCCAAAGAGCUCGAAGAGGAUGAUGUCGCGGUUUCGGUGUCGGUAUUCGGUGGAGCACACGUUCCAAUUGUGAAACUCGUUGAAAAGGAUACCCGGCUAAGUGUUGAUAUAUCGUUCAACACAUUGCAAGGUGUUCGAGCUGCUGAUUAUAUUGAAAAGGUCAAAUUUGAAUUUCCAAUAAUUGAGCCGCUGGUUCUACUUCUCAAACAAUUUCUUCAUUAUCGAAAAUUGAAUCAAACAUUUACUGGUGGAUUGUCUUCUUAUGGGCUCAUUCUGCUUAUAGUUCAUUUUCUACAAACAUACGAGUUGCCUAUGCGACGAAAACAAAUAUAUGACAAGGAUGUCAAUUUUGGAGCCCUUCUUCUGAGGUUCUUCGAAGUUUAUUCGCAGGAAUUUAACUACGAGGAUGUCGGAAUCUCAAUCUCACAAAUGCGCUAUGUGCCGAAAACUGUGCCAGGCUCGAAAUUCCAAACGCCGAUUCGCAGCCACUCAGGAGGGUUGUCGCUUGAAGACCCGUUGCUCAGUUCCAACGAUGUCGGGCGAUCAACAUUCAAUUUUGCUGCGAUAUCCAAUGCGUUCGGACAAGCCCUUCAGAUAUUGAUGGUGGCGGUUUCGGUGAGAGAUCGGCGGAAUUCGCCGAUAUGGCAUAGAGUGUACAAGGGAAGUAUGCUGCAUCUGAUAAUGCCGUUCACAUCGAAGGAGGUCGCAUUCCGCAAUUGGCUCAAGGGAGGCACACUAUCUUACUCGAACAUUCCAAUCUAUCCUGAUCACUGUUUUGCCAUGAACACAUUAUUGUCGCCGAUCGUCAAUUUGAAGCACUUUGAAUUUAUGAGGCGGACCUCAAGACGACGAGAUACUAUCAGUCGGCCUUUGAAGAUCACUGAUCCUCAGGAAUUGGAAAAGGCAAAGCAGAAGGAAAAAGAGCAGGAAGAAGAAGCGGCGAAGAAGUUGGCUCAAAAGCACGACGAAAAGCCGCCGCAAGAACUCGAAAUUGAUGAUACUGAAGUCGCACCUCCGAUGCCAACGUCGACCGCUUCUGUGACGACGUCGGCGACAAUGAGUACAACGGCGAGUGGUAGCGAACGAGACGAUACGGAUUCUCCGCCGCUGUCCAGUGUCGUUGGCUCGUCGGAUGACGAAGCAACGAAUCCGUUGUCGAAAUCGACACAGGUGCCGACGUUCAAGAAGCCGUUCAGCGAGGUUGUCGCGUCGAACAGCAAACAGAAGUCGAGUCAUUCCGAGAAAAACUACAGCCAUACUAAUAACUACUAUAGCGCCCAGGAUUAUGCCGGUGCCGUCCAGAACAAGUUUCGCGGACAGUCGAAUCGACCGCGCGAACGGAAAUCGAGCCGACAUCACUCGCAGGGAAGCAAUGACAGCUCGGUGAAUGGUUAUCCCCCAUAUCGGUUUCCGGCAUAUUCAGGAAGACGUGGGAGAACAUCGUCGAACUCAUCGUCGAGAUCGCAUGAAUCACGAAAGAUCGUGGGAUCGGUUCGAUCGACGCCAUCACCAUCACCGAAAGCAACAGAUAAUGGCAAUAAUCGGGCUGCCAAUUCGCAAGAUAUUGCAACGACGUCGCUGAAAAACCGCCAGUACAGCGGAUACGCGGACGCGGUGAAAAAUAUGAAUGGCAACUCGCCGAAUCGUGUGGCGUUCAGCAAGAAAGAAAUGACGACGACGGCAGUAGCGACGCCUGUUGCGCUGACAAACGGCAACGCGAAAGUGACAAAUGGCAACCCGGAAACUAGUCCGACGACAUCAUAUCGGAAUGCUCUAAAUGGUAAUUCAAAUGGUAUCCAAGAUAAUUGA